GCCUCGUGCGUCGCGUCGCGUCGCGGCGCUCACUGGGGGCCCGGCUUUCGCCCGCUGCUGCCGCCGCCGCCGCCGGCCGCGGCUGCUCUCCCAAGAUGGCGGCUCCUCCGGGCGAGUACUUCAGCGUUGGGAGCCAGGUGUCGUGCCGGACGUGCCAGGAGCAGCGGCUGCAGGGCGAGGUGGUAGCCUUCGACUACCAGUCCAAAAUGCUGGCUUUAAAAUGUCCCUCUUCCAGUGGAAAGCCCAACCAUGCAGACAUCUUGCUCAUAAACUUACAGUAUGUUUCAGAAGUGGAAAUAAUUAAUGACCGAACAGAAACCCCUCCUCCCCUAGCUUCACUCAAUGUUAGUAAGCUUGCCAGCAAAGCACGGACAGAGAAGGAGGAGAAGCUGAGCCAGGCCUAUGCAAUCAGCGCUGGUGUUUCCCUAGAGGGCCAGCAGCUCUUCCAGACCAUACACAAGACCAUUAAAGACUGUAAAUGGCAAGAAAAAAACAUCGUAGUCAUGGAAGAAGUUGUUAUUACACCCCCAUAUCAAGUGGAAAACUGUAAAGGCAAAGAGGGGAGUGCACUGAGCCAUGUACGCAAAAUAGUUGAAAAACAUUUUAGAGACGUGGAAAGCCAAAAGAUACUGCAGCGUUCACAAGCCCAGCAACCACAGAAGGAGGCUGCCCUGUCAUCCUGAGUCCGCACACACGGAGGACUCUUCCAGCAUCCAGCCGACGAGGCGAUGGUGGUGGCUUCGGCGGAGGCAGGCCGGGGGAGGGAAGGGAUCCUAUAUUUCCUGUUGGCUCUUGUUAACAAAGGGUCGGCAUUUCCAAAUCUUAGACUUGAACAAACAAAACACCCAACAAAAAAGAACAAGAGAAUAAUUUAAAAGUUGAAUCAUUACUUGACUAACAGACUUCGGUCCACCAUGUCCUUUUCACAGCCCCCUUCUGGAACAGUCACCUUGUUAAUUUUAUUUUUGAAAAUUCCUUUCCUGCUCUGCCCUUUCACCUCUGACUUUCCUAGUCUGUCCCUGCCAUUCUGUUUUUAUAAGUGGCUACACUUGCCUUCUGAGUGAUCGAAAGAAACUUUUACAUCUUCUCUUCCAAAAUAAAAGUAACAAGCUGACUGUGAUACUUAAGUUGAGACUAGAGCAGCAGACAGAGGUCUCACUUUAAAUUUGUCUUUUUUUUUCUUUUUUUUUUUUUUUCCCUUUUUUUUGCACAGGG